UCGCCCGCCCGGCAGCGCGCGAAGAUGGACGACAUCGUGGUGGUGGCGCCGGGGACGCAGCCCUGCCGCACCGUGAGCAACGAUCCCGAUGUCAUCAAGCUGCAGGAGAUCCCGACCUUCCAGCCCCUGCUCAAAGGACUCCUCAGUGGGCAGACAUCUCCGACCAAUGCCAAACUGGAGAAGCUGGACCCCCAGCAGGUGCUGCAGCUCUGUCUCCGCUACCAAGACCAUCUCCACCAGUGUGCAGAAGCAGUAGCCUUCGACCAGAACGCCUUAGUGAAGCGUAUCAAGGAGAUGGAUCUCUCUGUGGAAACUCUGUACAGCUUCAUGCAGGAGCGCCAGAAGAGGUAUGCCAAGUAUGCAGAGCAGAUCCAGAAGGUCAACGAGAUGUCUGCCAUCCUGCGCCGCAUCCAGAUGGGCAUCGACCAGACUGUCCCCCUCAUGGAGCGGCUGAACAGCAUGCUGCCCGAGAGCGAGCGGCUCGAGCCCUUCAGCAUGAAGCCCGAGCGGGAGCUGAAGGCCUAGCCGCGCCGUGCGGCCAUGAACGGGCAGCUCCCUCGUGCCGACGCUUGGAGGAGGAAGCGACCGCUCUUGGGUCUCCCUCCUCCUGCCCCGCUGUCCCCUUCACCGUUGCCACCGCCUGUGCUGAAACAGUUGUCUCAUUCCUCAAACUGGAUCAGGUUUUGCAGACGAGGGGUUCUUUCAUCUGAUCUUUUGACUAGAAGAACGCAGAGGGGCUAUGGGUGUGACUUGCCCUCUCGCGUGCUUUCUGUGCCGGUGGGGUUUAGGCAAUUAGGCGGCUGGCAGAUAUUUCUGAGAUCCCUUGGCCUUGGAAAUAUGUAUGUUUUAUGGGUGGAAGUGUGACAGCCAGGAACUGGCUUAUUAAAAUCUGCCUAUUAUCAUAAUUAACAUGGUUUGCAUGGCGGGGUUUUGGCAUCCCCUUCCUCGAGGCUCCUGUUUUUAUGGGCUCACUAAUUUAUGAGGCUGUAAAUGAAUAACUGUUCCAAAUAUGUAUGUCUGCUGCUGUUAAGCAGGCCUUGGAGCUUCUCUCUCCCCUGGCCUGGAAAUGGCCCCGUCCCUGAGGGCAGUGGUGCCCCUCACCUGGCAGCAGUUCGCACAGUCACUGGCACUGCCUGUUCACUUUGCCUCCCCAAAGUGGGCUUGAGGUGUCUCUUUCAGGAUGCUUCAGUUUGCUUAGUACUGCCUUUUUUUACAGAGGGAUGCAGUUGUUUCCUUAGCUCCCUAUGCUUGGAGUUGGAGACUCGAAGUCCUUUGGGCUCAGUGUGUUGGCUUUGCUGCUGUCAUACUGGGAGUUUGCUCGAGCACCAUGUUUGAUGCCCGAAAUCCUCGUGCUGGGCAAAUUGCUCCAAAAGCAGCAGGAUGUUGUUGCAUUAUCACAAGCGGAGGGCCCUGCA